AAUCAAGAUAUCGGUUAAUCAAGGACCAAUGAUUCGUUGUUUCACUUAUUAUUAAUUCACUUGUACGAUUUAGUUUUGGACACACCUUUCUGAAAAAUGACGAGCCCCACAAUUUUUUUGAUUGUUUCGGUGUUAUCCGUGACCUUUAUUCCGUCCGAAAUCAGGGGUCAAGAUGCCGACGGCGUUUACAAGAUUGGGGUCGGAAUCGGAGAUAUCACUGGACCUCCGGGUGGCGUUGUGUUGAACGGCUACGUGAACCCGAUCACCCACGCGUCUGGAAUUUACACGCGUCAAUACGCCCGGGCUUUCGUGGUGCAGUCGAUCGACACCGGAAGCACGGUGACCUACGUGACCUGCGACAUGGGGAUGAUGGACCACUCCAUCAAAUCCGAAGUGAUCGCUCGACUCGGGGCGAAAUACGGGGCGGAAAUGUUCUCCGAAAAAAAUGUCAUGAUCAGCGCGACCCACACGCAUUCCGGGGUAUCUGGAUUCAUGACUUAUUUUGCAUAUCUUGUCAUCGAGUCGUACGGAUUUAAUCCGAUUACUUAUUGGGCCGUCGUCGACGGUGUGACUGAAGCGGUCUCUGCCGCCGCCGAUUCUCUCGUGGAGGGACGCUUAUCUUGGAACCGUGGCGAGCUCCUCAACUCGAACGGAAACCGACAACAAAAUGCCUACAUGAACAACCCGGAAGCGGAAAGAAACGCUUAUCAGCAUGACGUCGAUAAGGACAUGGUUCUCCUCAAACUCACCGCCGUCGAGGGGGACGAGCCCAUCGGGGCCUUCACCUGGUGGCCCGUGCAUCCAAUUUCCUUCAACGGUGCUAUCAAUCCACUCGUUUCAUCGGAUAACAAAGGCUACGCCGCAAUCCUGUUCGACUACGCGAUGAAUCCUGGCGCACGACCGGGCAAGGGCAAAUUUGUUUCUGGGUUCGGAUCCUCCAAUUUGGGCGAUGUUUCCCCCCGAACGUCCCCCAUGGUCAAGUGGAACUUCACCGAAGACAUUGAAAACACCCGAAUCAAUGGGGAACGCCAAUUCAACAAAGCGUACGAACUCUUUAACGACGCCGCGGGUCUGGAGCCCAUUUCCGGUCCGGUGCGUUUCGCUCACAUGUGGGUGGACAGCGCGACGGUAAAAGUGGAUUAUGUAAAUGAGACGUCUGGCGAGGUGAUCGAGCAAAUGGGGUUGUGCCAGGCGGCGCUGGGUUUAUCGUAUGUCGGACUCCCGCCAGAAUUUUCUGAUAUUUGGGACGCGAUUCGGGACCUGAUUAAGAAACCGUCCGAGGAGAUGAUCGAAUGUCAAAGGCCAAAACUCGUCGCUCUCGCGGCCGGCGAGAUGGACAAACCGUGGCCCUGGGCGCCAAAUACGUUCCCGCUCCAACUCCUGCAAAUCGGCGCCUUCGACAUGGCCGGUCUUCCCGGCGAGUACACCACGAUGGCGGGUCGGCGUGUUCGAAACGCCAUUUUCAACGUGACCGGACAUGAAGUCGUGUUGGCGGGGUUGUCGAAUAUGUACAUCAAUUAUGUCGCCACGCCGGAAGAGUACGACAUUCAAGAGUCCGAAGGUGGCGCGACGAUCCAUGGAAGAAAUACUGCCUCCGUGACGUCCGUCCUAUUCAAACAGAUGGCGGAAGCGUUGGAAAAUAACACUCCAAUCGAUGAGGGCGUGGCGCCACCCUCAUUUCUGGAUAACGUUCGAGACGCCAUUUCUCCUUGGGCGGACCCAGAUCCAAUGAAUGGGAAUAACUUCGGUGAUGUCAUCGUGGACGCGGAUCGAGCCCAGUACGUUUACGGGGAGGAAGUCAGAGUAGUUUUUGCAGGGGGGUCCCCCAGAAAUUCUCCCCUCCGGACGGGCACCUUUCUAACCGUGGAGAAACGAAAUGACGCCAAUGGGGCGUGGACCGUGAUGAAAACGGAUGCCGAUUUGGACACAUUAUUUUACUGGAACCCGUUGGCACGUCGGAUCGAGUUGAAAUGGGUGAUUCCGGACGGGACGGAAGUGGGAAGUUAUCGAAUGCGACAUUUCGGAUACUUCCGGCAAGCAGAGGAUGGCCCAUUGACGCCAUAUAUCGGCGUCUCGUCGACAUUCUUGGUGGCGGCGGCGUUGUAGAAAAAUUGUGCAAAAAUUGUCUAUUUUUGAAUAAAAAUUAUUAAUGAUUAAUUAUUAAUGA